AUGAAGCCUGCUACUCAGGGGAUUGGGAUUAGCAAAAUGUCGAUGAUAAAAACCGUUCUGUUCAAGUAUGUUCUUGGAUCCUCUGUUGUAAGAGUCAUGAUUCUUCCCAUUAUAGUAGCACUGAUAGUUGCAGGAUAUGGAGAAAUACUCAUUACACAAAUUCUAAAUGAUAUACAAGAAAGAGCCGACAAUACAGAGAUAGUGAAUGGGAAGAUCAGGGUGUAUUUAAUUGUUGCUCUUUCCUCAUAUGUGCUUGGAUUGGUGUCUUUGUUUGCAAUGUCCAGCUAUGUGGAAGCAAUAUGCAGAGAUUAUAUUAUAGAUCUAUACAAGGAACACAUUUGCAUGUCAUUCCUGCAUUUCAAGAAAAUAGGCGUUGGAGAUAUGAUUUCGUUCAUGAAUAGAAAGGUUUUAUCCUUGCGAUGGAUCCUAGAGUCUACCAUAAAGUGCUUUAUCAUGAGCUUGUGCUGCAUUAUAAUAACGAUGAUUAAGAUUCGGGUGGGGGUUGAAAGUUACUAUGGGCUACUUAUGGGAGGUGUUGUGCUUGCUUAUGGGGUAUGUGUGAUCAUCAUAAAUCAUUAUAGAAACACCAUUAGACUGAAGAUGAACAGAGAGAUCGACAUGACAGAGAGAAAGAGAUACAAUAGUAUAUUGAACUAUGAUAUCAUAAAGUCAUACAACAAUGAGGAGCUGGAGGCAGAUGAGCUGUAUAAGCGUAUGGGUGCAGAAACAAGGUAUGGGAAGAUGUAUUGGAGUUGGCUGCAGGCUGGGAACUUUAUUGGAGAAAACAUAUUUAUCAUGGCGAUGUUUAUAAUGACCAUACAAUUUUCGAAUGGAGAUGCAAAGAAUAUUAGUUUUAAGGACUAUACUUUAAUAAUCUCUUUGAGCAAUCAGCUUCGAAUGUAUUGUGUCGAUAUAAGCAACAGCCUUGUCAUGAUACUACUGAACCUAACAAAUAUAUCGCAGAAUAGAGCUGAGGCCACCAAACUGGACGCAGGGGAGCCGGGCUAUUACAAGAAAGACUUUGAGACAGAAAUCAAAAUUGAAGGAUUAGAGAUAUCUAUUGGAGACAUAAAGUUGCUGAGAAACGUAGACAUGAGAAUAAGAAGGGGAGAGAAGAUAGGAAUAUCCGGGGACAAUGGAGGAGGCAAGACCUCAUUUGCUAGAGCUCUUCUUGGAUUUCUUGAUUACAGCGGAAGUAUUCUUAUUGAUGGCAUAGAGCUCAGUACUCUAAACAAGGAAGGCCUUCGGAGCAUGAUAUCAUACUCUCCCCAGGAAUCGCAACUAUUCAACAAGUCUGUCCUUAGCAAUAUAAGGGAUGGAAAUAAAUAUCUAAGUGAUGAAGAGAUUGUUGAAUAUUGCAAGAGGUAUGGGAUGGAUGAGGUUUUUAGAAAUCUUAGCGAUGGAUACCAAACCUCUGUUGGAGAUGGGGGGAAUAGGCUAAGUGGAGGGCAGAGGCAAAAGGUUAACCUGAUGAGAGCAGUUGUUAAAGAUGCGCCUAUAUAUAUUUUUGACCAGGUGACUUCUCAUUUAGAUAAAGAAUCUGAAAAUGCCAUAGUUGACAUGAUUAUGAAAAAUCUUUCGGACAAAACUGUCAUAAUGAUAAUGCAGAACUCAGGAUUAUUGAGCAAAUUUGAUAGGGUAUACUACUUCUCAAAUGGCAUGAUAUCUAAUUAA